AUGGCAAACCACGCAAUGCUUACUUCUGUCAAGCCAACCCCUCAACGGCUAUUUUUUGAGCCCGUCAUCCUUGAGUAUGCCCUUCAAAAGUCCUGUCAACGCCGCUCAGAUCUCUUCAGGGAAUCGACAGAGAUCGAGGUUAAUGCCCUAUCGACACAGAAGGAGGCAUUUCAUUACUUCAUCAACAAGCUAGCACAAACGUGCAACAGCGAACAGGGCUACGAAACAAUUACCUCAUUUUCUGUUCUUGAUAGUCCUGAGGGCCCGGAGUUUGUUUUUGGGUCAAAUCUCAGAGACGACAACGAAUUGUCGGAGACCCAAGAGUUUGCAACGUCUCUUCUCAAUCUGGCUGGCAACACAUCGCCUCGAAUUGGGAAGAAGGCCCUGAACAAAAAGGUCCUGUGGAUGAUUUUAUGGUUCAACUUGGGCCGGAUUAGAGUUUAUCUGGACAAGCUGUGUUUUUAUCUCAACGCAUGUAUUGAGGAUUUGGACAGACGGCGAACGACCGCUGCAAACUCUACGCUACCUUUGCCUUUCUGUUCAGAUAAAGAAGACGUCAGAUCAGAACUCAAGAAUCUCAAGAAGAAGACCGAAUUUCCGACAGAUAUAAUCGGCAGUGGAAGCAAGGACAGGUGUAAGUAUAUGCUCGAGGGUUUACGGAACAUAUUGCUAACAUUGGCACCGUUUGAAGUCCUCAGCGAUUGCGAGAAGCUCAUCAAGGCCAUAUAUGCAUCAAAGGGCACCGCCAUCGACACAGCCAUCAUGCAGAAUGCCAAAGAUGGAGAACUGAUGAGCUCGGAGGUAUGGUGUGAGUUGCGUCACUACCUAGGACGCCUUCUGUCUUUUCGCCAUGCGGCGAAUGCUAUCACGGGAGCAGCUGAGCGUUUUCCGAAACUCUUUCAAGAUUUUAAAGUCGUUCCGAUCCCAUCAAGCACUCCCAUCGCCAAACCCGUUUCGCGAUCAUCGCUGACCGCCGGUUCUAUUAUCAACAACAUUAUUGUGGACGAUUGUGAGCGUGAAUUGUACGCCCCGCAUGUUGAAGAAAUGUUAAAAUUCGGCCUGGAAAACGGAAUUCAGGGGCAAAUCAGCAAGCGUUCCUUCAAGCCAUACGUUCAUGCCGAGGUCCUUGUCCACGACUAUAUUUUGACCAAAAGCGCCGAGUAUCCUCAGAAAUAUUGGAACGACUGGAGGUAUAUCGGCAGCAGCAAGCCUACUUGCAGACUCUGCCAUUACUACUUUAGUGCCCACCCCGACCGGGUGCAGGUACGGAGAUCUCACCUGAACCUCUACCCCAACUGGUGUCUACCACGCAUCUAUGAGACAAACUUGGAUGACAAGAGUCGGCAUCUCUUGGAGAAACUCACCGAAAACGUCCGGGAUGAUGUGAAAAAGACACUAGAGGAAAAGGUAUGGAGAGGAAGAGAUCACGACACCAACACCUACUCAGGGUUCCCAGGAUACUUUCGCGAUGGUUCAGUCAUGAGCGAUGGUUCAGUCAUGAGUGAUGGUUCAGUCAUGAGCGAUGUCUCAUCUGAAGUCUCAGUGGUUGUAUUCAAGCCUAAUCUUGUUGAGUACAGAAGAUUCCCAGUAGACUGGUCUGGCGUUGUUGGGGAGAUCGAUUCGGAGAUGAGUGACAAUGAGGAGUGGUUUAGCGCUACCAAUGACGCCGAUCUGGAAAGGAGUGAUGGCGAAGGCGAGUCCAUCGUUGUUGAAGUCUUCGAUUCGGAGAUUAGUGAUGACGAGGACGGUGGGACUUUUGUGGAUGCAGUGUAUUGA